AUGGCGGACUAUUUCGUUCAAAAGAAGCCACAAAUUCGGCUUGGCCGGAGUGGACACCUUAAUACAAUAGUCGAAGAUAAACAAGAGGCAAAGUUUGAUGCAAAAAAACAUAGAGACUGUAUACUUGCAACCGCUGGCCGGCCCGCGGUGGCGAACCAGACUCCACGGACGAAUUCCCCAUACAAAAGGCUUCCACACCGCGUUGUAUCCCCUGGGUCUACAAAUUCGUCUUGUUCUAGCAAUCCAUGGCCGAAACAAAAGCUCGACUUCGACGAUCUCUACGAUGCAACGGAUGACGACGAUGAAGGACACCUUAGCGACAGUUGCCCGUCCCUUUGCAGCCAAGGGAACAGUGAAUCUGCCGAGUCGUCAAAGCUAUCCACGAUUUCGUCAGGCAGUCGAAACAAUUAUCCAGGAAUCGUAACCCCGUCCUCGACAGCACAAUGGGUGAAGCUAAACUCUUAUCACAAGAAUUACCAUGUUCCUCCAACCCCGCCAUCAACAAUACCUGUGUCUCCAGAACUUCUUUCUCGCCUGCCGAGAUUUGUUCCUGAAGCUCAUGCUCCCCCGUCCUUGGAUGGUAGCGCAAUUUCGGACCAACCUUCUACGCUGAGUGCACCACGAACUCCUGAGUUGGAAAUGGCAUCCGAUGUGGAUUGGGACGCACAGUAUUUGCGUGUUCAUUUGGAAUGCGAUACAAAUGUGGGCGCCGAAUCCCCUAUCAGUGGGACGAUGAGUCCGCAGGUCGAGAUUGAAAUGGACGACCCAGAAGAUUGGAGUCACGUCCUGAGUCAUUUCCCGCGCAUUCCACGAAAUGAAAGCGAAAACAAUUUACAAAUGGUUGAAGACUCUCCCGGAAUAGAGAGGCCUUCGUCCACUGGGAGCUCAAACAAAGGCGUGGAACUGCCUCUAAACGCCCUCGCCACACUCCAAUCCAUCGAAUUAGAUGAUGAGAGUGAUCGCGACUCUGAUAUUUCCGGAGUCAACGAAAUUGGUGAAAUGCAAGAAGUCAAGAUUUUCUCGAUUCGGCCCAAAAGCAUGGAUGCUACUAUUCCCUCUUCAGCUGGUUCGAUUCCGUUUACACCCCUUACCAUUCCAUCUCCAGGCGGCUUUUUUUCAACACUUGGAGGCGACGCACGCCAUACAUGGUGUUUCACAACCGUCCCUCCGCCCUCAUCUGCUACAGCUGAGAAUUUCUACAAUUGCCCUUGGAAAAUGCCCGCCACUUUACAAGGUUCUGUUGCUAAGACCCGUGAGAUGUCCUACAAAAAGUCAACUCCGCACAGGUCCGGCAACCACGGGCUUCUGAAUACUACCCGACUCACACCUGGCUUAUCGGAAGCCGAGUGGAAAUCCGGUAACAAUUCUAUUGUGGACGAGUACGACGAACUUUACGAUCAAGAGUUAAAAUUCCAAGCCACCGCCAACCUCGAUCGCACAAGUAUUUGGCUCGCGGCCCAGAACACUUACAUGUCCGCCUUGCGCGAGACUAACCCCGUCAACAAGGUCGAAGGUCCACCAACAACAAUCGUGGCAGAAAGCCCACAAGAUAUUUCUCCAGGCACGUCAAAGAAGUCUGUUAGAUUCCUCACUACUAUUUUGGAAAGCGGGGCCCCUCUGAAGUCUCCUCGUCUUGUGGAGAAUAACACUUUGUUCUAUCGGGGAUUCCAACGUCUAGUACGCCAGUCUAAUUCGCGAGCUGCCUUCCUCCACAGCAAUUUCCGCUUUGAAUGUACACAGGCUAUGAGGCUUAGCUUUAUGGACAAGCAUAUCGAUCACCUUGUCGGCAAAUAUGCAUUGAAUGACCCUGUCCGCCCCCCUUACCGUGGGCCAUUCUCACAAGCUCCUCGAAACUCUACCGUUCCCCAGAUUCUCGCCGACCAGGCUAAAUUCUUCAAGAUAGAAAAGGAACAGGAUGCGGCACACCAAUUACGCAGCUCAGUGUGGGUUGUUGAAGCCCUCAAAUUUUUGAAGGGCGGAUCCCUUUUCUCUGCCCCAGCUGCAAAGCGGCUUGCUCGAGCAAAAGCUCCGUUAGGAACUCCUGAGAGCGCUGGAUCCCGACGAGUCAGAGUGCUUGACCUUGCCGACCAUCCUUCUUGUGGUUGGGCGUGGCACGUUUCUAAUGAACACCGCAACGUGAAGGUCUACACAGUGAUCACGAAGCAACAGGUUGUCAAUCCGGGGAUGAAGGGGCCUUCGAACCAUCGACAGGUGUCAGUUCCACAGGUUUGGCGUCUUCCAUUCCGAAACAAUCAGUUUGAUGUCAUUUCGUCUCGCACAUUCCAUGCUUUGUUAAAGACGGACCGCCCGAACGGGGAGGAUCAGGACGAGUUCGACUUGUGUUUGAAGGAAUGCUAUCGUUGCCUAAAACCUGGUGGUAUUCUUGAGUUUUUCGUCAUGGACUCGGAAAUCACUCGUGCCGGGCCAUACGGCGCCGCAGUUUCCGUUGAAUUUGGAUUCAAUCUUAAGACACGUGGGUACGACCCGGCCCCUACUAGGUCCUUUUUGUCUCGGUUGCAAAAGUCCGGUUUCACCUCAACCAAGAGAACGUGGAUGUUCCUACCACUAGGUGUUGGCCCUUCUGCUCCGCAAACACCUCAGGCACUACCGAGCGAGGUUGGCGAGGUUGCCGAAGUUAUAGGGACCACUGGCAACAUUGCGAAUACUACUGCUUUACUUGGUGGAUGGAUGUGGGAGCAAUGGAUGCUGAAGCUCCAGAUGGAGAUGGGUCGUGAAAGGGGAAGGCUGCUGGAGGAGGUUGCUAGUGUUUAUGCAGAAGGACAGAAGUCUGGGGCGGGAUGGAGAUGUUUAACUGGAUAUGCCAUGAAGCCGAAGAAGCGCCGUGGCGCUCUCUAG